CGCCGCGCGCCUGCCGCCUCUCCCGCCGGCCCGCGCCCCGCCCCGCCGCCCGCUGAGCCCCCUCCUCCUCCCCUGUCCUCAGAGUCCCGCGCCCAUGGCUUUCAGAGCGACCCCAGGCCCGACGCCGCCCGGACCCGGACCCGGACCCGGCCCCGGGAUCCCCUCAGCCAGCUUCCCCAGCCCGCAGGCCCCGAGGUCGGGCCCUGGAGGUGUCGAGGAAGAGGACGAGGAGGAGGAGCCGGCCGAGGUCCACCUGUGCGUGCUGUGGAGCUCGGGGUCCCUGGGCAUCGCCUACUAUGACACCAGUGACUCCACUAUCCACUUCAUGCCGGACGCCCCAGACCACGAGAGCCUGAAGCUCCUCCAGAGAGUUCUGGAUGAAGUCAACCCCCAGUCUGUCAUUACAAGUGCCAAACAGGAUGAGACCAUGACUCGAUUUCUAGGGAAGCUUGCCUCCCAGGAGCACAGAGAGCCCAAGAGACCGGAAGUCAUACUUUUGCCAAGCGUGGAUUUUGGUCCAGAGAUAAGCAAGCAGCGUCUUCUUUCUGGAAACUACUCAUUCAUCCCAGAGUCCAUGACUGCCACUGAGAAAAUCCUUUUCCUCUCCUCCAUUGUUCCCUUUGACUGUGUCCUCACGGUCCGGGCACUUGGAGGACUGCUCAAGUUCCUGAGUCGAAGAAGAGUUGGGGUCGAACUGGAAGAUCAGAAUGUCGGCGUCCCUAUCCUGGGAUUUAAGAAAUUUGUAUUGACCCAUCUGGUGAGCAUAGAUCAGGACACUUACAGUGUUCUACAGAUUUUCAAGAGUGAGUCUCAUCCCUCAGUGUACAAAGUAGCCAGCGGACUGAAGGAGGGGCUCAGCCUCUUUGGAAUCCUCAACAGAUGCCGCUCUAAGUGGGGACAGAAGCUGCUCAGGUUAUGGUUUACACGUCCAACUCAGGAGUUAAGGGAACUUAAUUCCCGGUUGGAUGUCAUUCAGUUUUUCCUGAUGCCUCAGAACCUGGACACGGCUCAGAUGAUGCAUCGUCUCUUAAGCCACAUCAAGAACGUUCCUCUGAUUCUGAAACGCAUGAAGCUGUCCCACACCAAGGUCAGUGACUGGCAGGUCCUCUACAAGACUGUGUACAGUGCCCUGGGCCUGAGGGAUGCCUGCCGCUCCCUGCCCCAGUCCAUCCAGCUUUUUCAGGACAUUGCCCAAGAGUUCUCCGAUGACCUGCACCACAUUGCCAGCCUCAUUGGGAAAGUGGUGAACUUUGAGGAAAGUCUUGCUGAAAACCGUUUCACAGUCCUCCCCAACAUAGAUCCUGAAAUAGAUGCGAAAAAACGAAGGCUGAUGGGCCUUCCGAGUUUCCUUACUGAAGUUGCACAGAAGGAGCUGGAGAAUCUGGAUGCUCGUAUCCCUUCAUGUAGUGUCAUCUACAUCCCUCUGAUCGGCUUCCUUCUUUCCAUUCCCCGCUUGCCUUUUAUGGUGGAGGCCAGCGACUUUGAGAUCGAGGGACUAGACUUCAUGUUUCUCUCAGAGGACAAGCUGCACUAUCGUAGUGCUCGAACCAAGGAGCUGGAUGCACUGCUGGGGGACCUGCACUGCGAGAUCCGGGACCAGGAGACCCUGCUGAUGUAUCAGCUGCAGUGUCAGGUGCUGGCACGGGCAUCGGUCUUGACUCGGGUGUUAGACCUGGCCUCCCGCCUCGAUGUCCUGCUGGCUCUGGCCAGUGCUGCCCGGGACUAUGGCUAUUCGAGACCCCAUUACUCUCCCCGAGUGCCUGGAGUGCGGAUCAAGAAUGGCAGGCAUCCUCUGAUGGAACUGUGUGCGCGAACCUUCGUGCCCAACUCCACAGACUGUGGUGGGGACCAAGGGAGGGUCAAAGUCAUCACUGGACCCAACUCCUCAGGGAAAAGCAUAUAUCUCAAACAGGUAGGCUUGAUCACCUUCAUGGCCUUGGUAGGCAGCUUUGUGCCAGCAGAGGAGGCUGAAAUUGGGGUCAUCGAUGCCAUCUUCACCCGAAUUCAUAGCUGUGAAUCCAUCUCCCUCGGUCUCUCCACCUUCAUGAUUGACCUCAACCAGGUGGCAAAAGCAGUGAAUAAUGCCACAGAGCAGUCGCUGGUCCUGAUGGAUGAGUUUGGGAAGGGAACCAACACGGUGGAUGGGCUGGCACUUCUGGCUGCUGUGCUUCGACACUGGCUAGCCCUGGGACCCAGCUGCCCCCACAUCUUUGUGGCCACCAACUUCCUGAGCCUUGUUCAGCUGCAGCUGCUGCCACAAGGACCCCUGGUGCAGUAUUUGACCAUGGAGACCUGUGAGGAUGGGGACGACCUUGUCUUCUUCUAUCAGCUUUGCCAAGGUGUUGCCAGUGCCAGCCACGCCUCCUACACAGCUGCCCAGGCUGGGCUUCCUGACCAGCUCAUUGCUCGUGGCAAAGAGGUCUCAGACUUGAUCCGAAGUGGAAAACCCAUCAAACCGGUGAAUGAGCUUUUAAGGAAGAACCAAAUGGAAAAUUGUCAGGCACUGGUGGAUAAGUUUCUGAAACUGGAUUUGGAAGAUCCCACCCUGGACCUGGGCAUUUUCAUGAGUCAGGAAGUACUGCCAGCUGCCACCACCAUCCUUUGAGAGUCCUUUCUCCACGCUCUCAGCUACCUGAGACCAGAGACCUACCACACCAUUUCCUUUUCUUCUUGAAAUGCAGAGUUCUCAGUCUGCACAUUUUGUUUCAUAUUAGGAAUAAAGUUUAUUUUGGAUCAAAA